AUGGCCAGCUAUAUCCACGAGUACAAGGUGGACUCCGACUUGGCUUAUGACACUGCUCGUUUGGUCUUCCUGGACACUCUUGGCUGCGGCUUGGAGGCUUUGAAAUUCAAGGAGUGCGCCAAGCUGCUCGGCCCCGUUGUAGACGGCACUGUUGUUCCCAACGGUACCCGUGUGCCCGGCACUCCCUACCAGCUGGACCCCGUAAACGGUGCUUUCAACAUCGGUUCCAUGAUCCGCUGGCUCGACUACAAUGACUGCUGGCUUGCCGCUGAGUGGGGCCACCCUUCCGACAACCUCGGUGGUAUCCUUGCAGUCGCCGACUGGAUCUCCCGUACCAACCGUGCCGGCGGAAACAUUGGGAACGGCAAGAUCCUGAAGAUCCGAGACAUUCUUGAGGCCAUGAUCAAGGCUCACGAAAUCCAGGGUGUUCUGGCCCUUGAGAACUCCUUCAACAAGGUUGGCCUGGACCACGUCGUUCUGGUCAAGGUUGCGACUACUGCCGUCGUCUCCAAGAUGAUGGGUCUCACUGAGAAGCAGACUGCCGAUGCUAUUACCCAGGCUUGGGUCGAUGGCCAGAGUCUUCGUACUUACCGUCACUCGCCCAACACCAUGUCCCGCAAGUCAUGGGCCGCCGGUGAUGCUUGCCAGCGCGCCGUCAACUUGGUUCUGAAGGUCCAGAAGGGUGAGGGUGGCAUGCACUCCGUCCUCUCUGCACCCGUCUGGGGCUUCUAUGAUGUUUUGUUCAAGGGCAACAAGUUCAAGUUCCAACGCCCCUACGGCAGCUAUGUCAUGGAGAACGUUCUCUUCAAGGUUUCCUACCCUGCCGAAUUCCACUCUCAGACCGCCAUCGAGGCUGCAGAGGUCAUUAACAAGAAGCUCGCCGAGAUGGGCAAGACCGCCGCAGACAUCAAGGAAAUUACCAACCGUACCCACGAAGCCUGCAUCCGCAUCAUCGACAAACAAUUCAAGGCCAUGGACAACUUUGCUGACCGCGACCACUGCGUCCAGUACAUGGUCGCCACCAUGCUAGCAUUCAACCGCCUCACCGCAACCGACUACGCUGAUGGCGGUGAAGCGGCCACCUCUCCCUUGUCGAGGACCUCCGCAAGCGCAUCAAGUUUCACCGCCGACUACCACGACCCGUCAAAGCGCACCAUUCCCAACGCUCUGACCGUCACCCUCAACGAUGGCACCGUUCUCGAAGAGGUUGUCAUUGAGGCGCCUCUCGGUCACCGUCUCCGACGUGAGGAAGCCAAGCCUGAAAUCCUCGCUAAGUACAAGCGUCACUUGCAGGCGCACUUUGAUCAGGCUCGCAUUGAUGAGUUGCUUCAGGUGGGCUGGGACCGCGAGGCUCUUGAGAACUACGAUGUUGACAAGUAUGUCGACCUCUAUGUCAAGGACAAGAUGGUUGCUUCGGCUUAG